CACCGACAAGGUGUACAUUCUCUCGUAGCUUAGGCUAACUAAAACUAUCGGUACACUGACUGUUUCAAGUUGACAAACGGCUUUUUGAAUUUCAAAAGUGCAGGUGAUGCAAGUAACACAAGAUGUCAGCAUAGUUCUACAAUCCAUGAAAACUGUUGUUCACUGGCUUGGCCUAUUCCAAUUCAAGCCCAGUCACCGACACCUGGGUACUUCUGGUAGACAGAGGAAAGGAAAGAUAUCAACAUCAACACAUUCUGCCAUGUUGCUUUCAUUUGUCUAAUCUUUUCAGAUGUUCUCUCCAGUAGGUAUAUAGGGCUCAGUUUGGAAUUGUACAUGUAGUAACAACACAAUGGCCUGUACAUUACCACUGGCAUUCCUUGUCCUUCAUGGAUUUAUCUCUCUUUCGGCAGAAGAUUCAUGUGAUAAUUAUUUCCAACCUGGAGGUAACUUCUCCAUCCCUCUGAAAUACACUGACUUGAGUUCGAAAGAAAUAACCUGGAAACACAAUGGCAGCGUUAUAUUUAAAAGAAAGAAUGGAAAGUUCAAACCAGGCAAGACUGAGGACAUCUUAGAGGAUGGGUCUCUCCAACUGAAUGGCCUGGUGUCGGCAAACGAAGGUACUUAUAAAGCAGAAGUGUUCAACAUCGACGGGAAAAGCAUCAAAGAUCAGUCCUUCAGCCUGUGUAUGAAGGAAAAGGUCUCCAAGCCCUCAGUGAAAUUCACCUGUUCUGAUAAGGACGUCACCUUUACCUGUAUCUUGACUAACACUGAGGGAGUGACUUUCAAGUGGAGCAAGAACAGACAGCCUUUAAAUGGGGAAAAAAAAACAACCUUGAUCAUCGGUCUGAAACAACUGAAAGAGCUGGACACCUUCACCUGCUCUGUAGUCAAUGAGGUCAGCACGGAGACAAGUGACAUCAUCAAACCAACAUGCAAGGCUGUCUCAAAAUCGAUUGAUCGGCGUUUACUGUUUGGUUUUGAUUUCUUGACCAUGGUGUGCAUCCUGGCCGGGGGAGGGGGCUUGGUACUCCUCCUCAUCAUCAUCACCUUGGUGUGCUGUUGCCUCAGCCGACGCAAGAGCCAGAUGCACUUUGAAGAGGAAAGAGAGUUGAGACUAGCCCCCCUGACCAAGACCCAGCAUCCUUACCACUCAGAGGGCCAGACAAAGCAUCCUUCUCACCCAGAGGGCCAGAAGCAAAGGCAGAGACCCCCCGGUGGGGCCCCACCUGGUUCCACCGGCCCCAGGCCCACGGCCAGAGCCUCCAACCAGGCAGAGCCCCAACCCAGAGCCCAGGCUCAAGGGAGGCCUCCACAGACACCACUCGAUGACGAUGAAGAGCAUCCCCCACCACUACCCCAGCCCAGGAAGAAAGGCCCUCACCCCCCCAGACACUGAGUCUGGAAACAGGUUUAGCCUAUAUACUUUCUGAUCCAAGGAAAGGAGUUCCAGCAGUCUACAUGUUGAACAUUUUUGUUCAAUAACAUGUUGUUAUCUAAAGAAUAGAAAAGGAAAGAAAAAACACCCAGACAGUGUUCUAUUGUACAAAUUAAUGUAGAUUAUUUUUACACUAGUUUUUAUAUAAAUUAAAUGUUUUUCUUCCAACGCCUUUUCAAAAUUCGGUUUCAUUGUUUUUAUGUUGAGUUGAGUGUUUAUCAAAAUCAUCCAUAGGUUGUAGCCUACCUAUCUAUCCACCUCCUCUUGAGGUAGUGAUCUUAACUUGAUGUCUGUGUGGUUGUCAAUAAAAAGUAAAGAAUUA